GUGUCAAUGAUGAUGGUAUGGUAAAGAGUCCAAGCAGCAUAUCCAUGAAUCGCAACCACAGCUCAGGAGACCUUCCUAUGAACGGAGACAUCAACCAUAAAUGCAAUACAAACUUUAUGAGGAAAAUACCUCCGGGUGCAGAAGCUUCUAAUAUUCUAGUUGGUGAAGUAGAUUUUCUAGAGAAGACAUUAUCAGCGUUUGUUAGACUCAAAACAGGAACAAUAAUGGGAGAUUUAACUGAAGUGCCAGUCCCAACAAGAUUUAUGUUCGUGUUACUCGGCCCACCGAACAGUAAUUCCAGUUUCCACGAAAUCGGUCGUGCCAUGGCUACUUUAAUGUCUGAUGAAAUAUUCCAUGAAGUCGCAUAUCGGGCUAAAAGAGAUCACUUAUUAGCUGGUAUAGACGAGUUCCUUGAUGCAGUAACAGUUUUGCCACCAGGUGAGUGGGAUCCAGCUAUUCGUAUAGAACCACCAGCAGCCAUACCAUCACAAGAUCCACGAAAACGCCCCAACGAUAACAACCCGAAAGAGGAAUUAGAUGAGGAAGAAGAAGAACAGAGACAAAGGGAAGAAUCAGGGUUAGCGCGAAGUGAGGCUUUUGGUGGCUUAAUUAAUGAUCUAAAACGAAAAAUGCCUUGGUAUUGGUCAGAUUUUAAAGAUGCGUUGGCCCUUCAAUGCAUUGCUUCCUGGAUAUUUUUGUAUUUUGCUUGUCUAUCACCCAUAAUUACAUUUGGGGGAUUGCUUGGUGAAGCAACUGGCAAGAACAUGGCUGCUAUGGAAUCACUAGUAUCAGGAUUUGUAUGUGGGAUGGGAUACGGUUUCUUUUCAGGUCAACCAUUAACAAUUUUGGGGUCAACGGGUCCCGUUUUAGUAUUCGAAACAAUAGUUUUUGAGUUUUGCAGACAAAUUGGAUGGGAUUACAUGUCGUUUAGAUUUUGUAUCGGUACGUGGAUCACAAUAAUUCUGGUCAUUCUGGUGGCUAUCGACGCAAGCGCUUUAGUGUGCUACAUCACAAGGUUCACAGAAGAAAAUUUCGCUACAUUGAUUGCAUUCAUUUUUAUUUACAAGGCAGUGGAAAAUGUUAUUUCCAUCGGUAAAAAAUAUCCUCUGAAAACUCGACCUGACGAAGUUCUGAACUAUGAGUGCUACUGUUUGCCAAGCAAUUAUUCUAAAGUGCCGGAGCAGUUUAAUUGGUCCUCUGUUGACAAGGAGUCUUGUCAGUUGUAUAACGGAACAUUAGCUGGUGGAGGAUGCGACACAAAGGUCUACGUACCAGAUGUUUUCCUGAUGUCGAUAAUACUUUUCUUGGGAACUUUCACGAUAUCUAUAAUUUUGAAAGACUAAAAUUCUCUGUUCUUUCCAUCAAAGGUCAGACAAAUCAUAAGCGAUUUUUCGGUAAUCAUUGCUAUACUAUCAAUGUCUUUUCUCGAUUACAAAGUUGGAGUCAAAACCCCCAAACUUGAAGUACCUUCUGAAUUUAAACCAACGCUACCCUCAAGAAAUUGGGUCAUUACUCCAUUCAAUGGCAACCCCUUAUGGUCUGCAUUGGUUGCUCUCUUACCAGCUCUACUCGGCACCAUACUGAUUUUCAUGGAUCAACAAAUUACUGCAGUGAUAGUGAAUCGCAAAGAGAACAAACUGAAGAAGGGAUGUGGGUACCAUCUGGAUUUGUUUGUACUGGCAAUACUGAUACAAAUUUGCUCAGUUAUGGGCUUACCAUGGUUCGUGGCAGCAACUGUUUUGAGCAUUAAUCACGUGAAUUCAUUAAAAGUGGAAUCAGAAUGUGCAGCACCAGGAGAAAAGCCACAAUUUCUGGGAGUCAGGGAACAAAGAGUCACACAUAUUUUGAUAUUUUUAACCAUCGGAUGUUCCGUGGUACUCACCCCAGUAUUAAGCCAUAUACCAAUGCCCGUGCUGUUUGGAGUAUUUCUUUAUAUGGGCGUUGCAUCGCUGAAGGGCCUUCAAUUCUUUGAUAGAAUUCUUAUUAUGUUCAUGCCCCAAAAGUAUCAACCCGAUCAUAUGUUCUUGAGACAGGUGCCAAUACGUCGUGUACACCUAUUCACUGCAAUCCAACUGACGUGUCUCGUCUGCUUGUGGGUGAUAAAAUCUUUUUCAAUGACUUCCAUACUCUUCCCUUUGAUGUUAGUUGUAAUGAUUGGGAUAAGGAAAGCGUUGGAUUUCUUCUUCACGAGGAGGGAGAUGAAAAUUCUCGAUGACGUCAUGCCGGAGAUGACAAAACGGAACCAAGACGAAUUGCGGGAGCUAGGAGACGCUGAGGAAGCGAACAAGAGCAACCCGCCACAAUACGAAGAGAAUCUACAAAUACCACUCAUCAACGGAAACAUUAUGAACAUACCGCUUGCAUCAAUAAACAUAUCGGAGGAAGUGAACAAAACGGGCAUAUGGAAGCAAGUGAACAACAGCAACAAGAUGAAAAAGAGUGGGAAAGACUACAAACCAAAGUCAGGGAAGAAGAAUAUUAAACACAAAAAACUCAUGUCCAAAACCGCACAAUCAGAAAUAGAGAGGAGAUUAUCAACUAUGGACGAGGUCGAAGAAGAUGACCCUUCUGUAAAGAGCGAUGUCGUAAGGCGCAAGGAGUCUUGGAGUGGUGGAAAUAAAAAGAAUGAAUCUAGAAAUAAUAGUUCUGCUGAAACUUCGGUUUAAUGCUUAAAAUUUAUUUUUAUAUCACUUAUGUUCUGUGUUAAAUGGAAUGUACGUUUCAAGAACCGUUAGGUUUAAAUUAGUGUUAACAAUUUGUAUUCCAAAUGUAUCGUUGUUUUAUUUAAUAACAUUUUAUAUAAUACUGAUCAAUUAGCGUGCUUACAUCCAAAUGAGAAAAUGAUGCGUGAUAUUUAAUGUAAUCUGUUAAAUGUAUAAUGAUUAGAUUUUAAUGUAUUUUAUAAAUCUUACAUGUCUUAGUUGAUUAUUCUUAAAUGUUCUUAUAAAGUAAUGAAAAAUGUUAAGUGCACACAGAUAAAUUCGUCACUUGGCGAGAAUAAGUUAUCGAUUCAUAGCA